AUGUUGGGUGGAAGCCGAUUUAUUUCUAAAACAACAAGUAUUUCUGAUCAAAGUUUGGAAAAGGAAGAAGAAAAAGGGGGAAUUAAAAUUGAAGAAAAUAAAAAAGAAAAGAAAAAAUUUUCUAAAAUAAAAAUUGUUUUUACUGAUCAAAAAUUGAGAGAAUCAUUUUGUGAAUCAUAUCUAGAAGAGAAGAGUAAGGAAGAAAGAGUGAAAGAAAAUGUUGAAGAAGAAGGAAGUGAACAAAUUUUGAUGGAAAAUAAAAAGAAAUUUGAUAAUGUUGAUUUUUUGAUUAAAUUAGAUUUUUAUGCUCAACGAUUGAGUGAAGAAAUAGCCGAAGAAGCUGUAAAAGAUAUUAAAGAAAUUGAACUUAUUAGAAAAAAUCCAAGAGCAGUUUAUUUUGAUGAUCAAUUUAAAGAAUAUUUGCUACAAGAAUGUGAAGAAGAGCAAGAGGAGGAGGAGGAAGAGGAGGAAGGAUUAGAGAAGAAAAAUAAUGAAAAAGAAAAAUUAAUUGAAGAAAUAGGAGAUUCUGUUGAAAAUGAUGAUUGGAAAUCAAAAGAAAAUAUGAUGAGUGAAUUCUUUGUUGAACCUAUAAACAAUGGAAAUAAGGAAAGGAGGAAUACUUUUGCUAAUUCACUUGCAAUGCUUUCCUCAACAUUUUUGGGACGUAAGAAGAGUUUUGUUUCUUCUGAUAAACCGAGGCUCAAAAGAAAUACAAGUGAAAUUUAUGGAAAGGGGGCAGAGUCAACACAAACAUCUUCAUUUAUGGGAUUGUUGAGAAAAUCAUCUAUAAUUGCAAAUCAAUCUGCCCUUUUCCGCUCCUCAUCAACGUGUGAAGAAGACACAAACAUUGAUUUGCCAGAAGAAGCACUGGCUGGAUUAACUGAAGAAGAGCGUUCUCAUAUUUUUAAAGUUAUGGCUGAAUCACGUCAACGAACAAAUUUAAUUCAAAAAAUAAAUGUUGAGGAGCAAAUACCUUUGCAACUAAAUCCUUUAGAAAUGGAAAUCUCUCUUUCAAUGGGAGAAUUUAAUGAAAAACAAGUGGAAAAGUUGGAUGAAGGGGAAAUGAUGAAGGGUGAUGAAUUUAUAGUAGAAGAAUUGUUUGGUGAUGAAUUGAAUAGGGAGAAUGAAGAAUUAGAAGUAAAUGAUUCGAAUGAAGAAUUAAAUGAAGAGAAGGAGGAGGUGAUUGAAGUUGAAGAUUAUUUAGAUAAAUUUAAAAAGGAGGAGGAAGAGGAAGAAUUAUUAAAGAAACUAAUUAAGAAAGAAACAAAAGAAGAUUUAAAAACAUCAAAAUUUGGAUUUGGAGGGUUUUUAUCAUUUUCACAACGUUUAGCAACUAAAGUAUCAGAUACAUUUACAGUUAGUAAUGUUGAUGAUGAAGAAUUAAAUAAAGAUAACCAAAUAGAAGAUCAGUCAUUAACUGAAAUACUUUUAACAGAAAAAUCAAAAGAGACCCCAAAACAUGAAUUAACAGAAGAAGAAUUAGAACAUAUUCGAAGAGUAACAGAAUUGGCAGCUUUAAGUUUAGAAAAUAAUUUUGAAGAAUUAAAAGAAAGAAAUAAUCAAAAAUCAUUAAUAAAUAAAGAAAUAAUAAUUUUAAAAGAAAAUAAAAAAGAAAUUUUGGUUGAAGAAAAUAAAGAAAUAAAUGAAGUAGAAGAAAUUUUAGAAGACAAAAAAAUAAUAAAAGAAAAAGAAUCUAGUAGUAGUAAUUCUUCACCUUUUUGUCCAGAAUUUUGGCUUCAAAAUAAUCAAACAAAGUCUGAAAAAGAAAUUUUUGAAAUGGCUAAUAAUAAUCAGAAUAUUAUUGAUAGUAGAAGUAGUAGUGGAAUUGGUGAUUCUGAAGGUGAACAAAGUGGAAUUGAAUGUGUUGGGGAAAGUAGUAUAUUACGUUUUAACCAAUUUUCUGGCACAUCAUCAACUUCUUAUCCACCCCCUCGACCUCCACCCCCACCAAUAAUGUGGAGAAGUAAAAGCAUUGAACAAAACCAAAUAAAUAAUUCAUUAACUUCUUCAUUUAAUCAUUCAAACGAGACAGAAGAAAAUAAAGAAGAAAAGGAAGAAUCUCAACGUGUUCUUGAUGAAAUAUGUUGGUUUAAAAAUGAAUUAGAACGUAUGAAUGUUGCUUUAAUGUCUGUUGAUGAUGAUAAUGAUAAUAUAGAACAACAACAAAAUAAAAAUAAUGAUGAAUGUUUAGAAAAAGUUUUUGAAGAAGAAGGUAAUUUAUAUUUAGUUUUGGGAGUAAAUGAAGCAAAAAUAUUUAAUAAUAAUUUUAAAAUAUUAUUUUUUAUUUAA